CAGCUGAGUUACGGUGCUCAUUUUUCUCACAGCAGGGUUUGGCCCCGCCCCUUUUCCGUGCGUUGCUCAGAGCUGCCUUUAGAGUUACUGUACAGUAACGGACUGAGAGCAGCGCGAGGACUUCACGGACUUUCAGCAGUACUUUCAGCUUGUCAUGUCAGCUCUAAGAAGCUUCUGAUGGAUUCUUUCGAGGCCAGUGACCCACGGUGGAGCGAGAAUGAGAAGAUGCAUCGUUCAGCGCAAGCUGAGAAGGACUUCACUGUUCUUCACGUCAGCACUAAUAUGUCUUUGUUUAAUCAUUGGAUACACAAUGUUUAGGAAGUGUUACUACCUGAGCGGACGUAAGGAGCAAAGCGAUCAAACGAACAGCAGGCGGCUCACUGAGCAACAUGGCAUCGACUGCUCAGACAUUUACGAGUUGGACCCGGUGGCAGUGGGCAAAUCCUUGGCCCUCAGAAGACAAGCCAUACGUGUUUUGGACGACGAGGACAUUGCAAAUGCCACCUCAGACUGCAGACGCUAUCUGGCAUCCAAGGGCUACGGUAGCAUUCGGACAUCUGAACUAGAACGUGACUUUCCUCUUGCCUAUUCUUUGGUGGUCCACAAAGAUGCGGCCAUGGUGGAGCGAAUCCUGCGGGCAAUCUACGUUCCCCACAAUUCCUACUGCAUCCAUUAUGACCUGAAGUCUUCGCCGCAGUUUGUGGCGGCCAUGCAGGGGCUGGCCCGCUGUCUGCCCAAUGUCUUCAUCGCAUCCAAGCUGGAGAGGGUGCAGUACGCCAGCAUCACGCGCCUCCGCGCUGACCUCAACUGCCUCUCCGACCUCAUGGUGUCGGAGAUCAAGUGGAAGUACGCCAUCAACCUGUGCGGCCAGGACUUCCCACUGCGCUCCAAUGUGGAGUUGGUGGAGGAACUGAAGGCUCUGAAAGGAGGCAGCAUGAUGGAGACGGUGCGUCCUAGUGCGCUAAAGAGAAAGCGAUUCAGUUACCGCUAUGCCCUGAAGGACACUCAAUCUCAGUUCCACCAUCUCCCUGUCAAAACGGACCAGGUCAAGAGCCCACCACCCCAUGGCAUUGAGAUGUUUGUGGGCAGUGCCUACUUCGUUCUGUCCCGGGAGUUUGUAAGCUUUGUUCAGUGGAGCCCCCUGGUGAAAGACUUCUUGUCCUGGUCGGAGGACACCUACUCACCAGAUGAGCAUUUCUGGGCCUCUCUGAUCCGUGUGCCUGGUGUUCCGGGUGGGUUGAAAAGUUCUGACCCGGAUGUCUCGGACCUAGUGAGCAGAACCCGCCUGGUAAAGUGGCAGUACCUGGAGGACACACUUUACCCACCGUGCACUGGCAUACAUGUACGCAGCGUGUGCAUUUACGGUGCUGCUGAGCUCCGAUGGCUCCUAUACUACGGCCACUGGUUUGCCAAUAAGGUGGACCCUAGGGUGGACCCAGUGCUUGUGGAAUGUCUGGAGGAGAAGCUGGCCGAGAGACAGGCUGUAAUGUCUACAGCACACUGACAGCUGGCGUGGUUUCACUUAGCCUGACUAACAUCCUGUUUGUGAAUGACGAGGGAUUUCUCAAACUGUUGAUGGCUGGAAAAUCGUUUUAAGACAGGGAUUUGCUGAAGACUUACAAAAGUUAGCAGCCUUCCUUAAAAUUUUCAAUUGAUCUUUUAAUAGUAAGUUAACAGAACAAUACAUUUGUCUUACGUUCUGUUAACUGACUAUAACUUAUAAAUUUUACUCAAAAACGAGCCUUACCUUUUUAGGAUGACAUGCCAUUUUACAGUGUAUGCCUUAAUUAUUUAAAUCAAUGAUUGUUUGGUUCAUAAUGAGGAUGGGAAUGAAAUUAUGUGAUUGUAUUCCCUGCUGAAAAAGGACUUUAGAAACCAUUAGGAUUAAAGCCUAAUUAUUUGUUGGAAUUGGCUUCAUGGUUUCCAAUGGAUACCAAUACUUUCCUGUAGAACACCUUUAGAUCCCAUUAGGGAACCAUGCACAUGCAAUGGUUUCUGUGAGUUUUUUCAGCAGGGAUGCGACUCACUUACCCAAGCUCUGCCCACAGACUUGCAAUUGGGGCCAGGUUGGACAGGCUUAUGAAACAUUGGGCAAAAUUCUAUGGGAAAUUAUAUAAUUUUUUAUAGUGACAUAUAUAAUGUUGCAUUUUUAGUUCACAAUGCUACAUUACUGAGCCAGACUACAGUCAUGUGUAAACAUUUAAGCACCCCCAGUCGAAUGUUUUAUUGAUUUUCUGGGAACUUUUCUGGAACUUCAAUAUGGAAUUUUUCUGCAAAUGUUAGUGCAAAAUUUCUAUUUAUUUACCGAGUUUAACAAAUCAGAAAGAAUAAAAAAUAAAAUACAAAAUGCACAAUUACUUUUACACAGGACACAUUUUAUGUUUUUUCCACCCAAUAUGUUAAAGCCAGCAAAUGAACAAUAACUGUGCACUCAGUAGAGGAUGUGUAAACUUAUUAUUAUUUAGAAAAACAUCAUUUGUUUAACUUGCAUUCCAACUGUUUGUCAGUUCAGCCACAAAGAAAAAUACUUCAUGCACUACCAAGCAAAUUUAACUGGUAUUUUUCCCCUCAGAUAAAUACUUUGAAUGAAACUAUGCAAAUUUUUAAUCUAUUUGAACACAAGCAAUGUUAUAAAAUGGAUAUUUCCAGGCCUUAAAUCUGAUUAGCUGAGCCACAUUCUAAAAUAUUUCAUAUACACACACCUGUGACCACCUCACACCAACUGAAAUGUGUAUUAAUGCAGCAAAUCGCCCAAACUGACCUGUGAAUGGACUGUGAAGCUCACAUGGACCGCUAAGUGUGUCGACAGAUGAAGUAAAUGAACUGAUUUUCUCAACAACUAGGCUAAAAAUAGCAGGCAAAACAGGUUAAAAGAUACCUAACAGGCUACACUGCUCCACCGCUAGAAAAAUAAGCAUAGACCGGCAUUGCUGAUCACCAGCCAAACCAGCAUAUGUUGUGUUUUGGAUGCUGGUAUGUUGGACAACAGUGAAUCUUUCUGUGAAAGUUGCUAAACACAGCUGCUGUUUUUAGCAACUUUCACAGAAAGAUUCACAGAAAGAUUCACAGAAAGAUUCAUUGCAAACUGUAAAAAAGUAAAGCCUAUGUUACUGAAAUGCUUUACACACUUCAAAUGCUCGUGUUUUUGGUUAGAUCUGUCUAAAACCUUGCGUGGGAAAACUAAUGUGUGGCACAGUUAGCUUGAUGCUAACACAGGAAUUCUCAUUGAGAUGCUAGCAGAAAUUAGCGUUAUCGUUCCUGUGGUAACUUGGUGAGCAAAAACUGCUUAUAUAGUGAGAUUUCUGCAUUAGACACUGCUCUAUUAUAAUACUUUCGUUAUUAUAUGAUAAAAAUGAAAAGUUCAUGAAAUGACUUCUAAUGAGUGACUGCAUGUCUUUCUUCAGCAGUCCAGAUACUUAGCAUCAAUCCAUCACAUUCUUACAGCCCUGUGAUGCUGGACCUAUGGACAGAACUCAGGCCGAAGCACACACAUUAUGUUAAACAUGCUAAAUGCUAAUAUAUAGGCACUAUGAAGCGAUGUGAUUACAUAGCAGUGUUUAACGUAGAAAUCUGUUUUAUUUAAAAGCAGUACCACAAAUACGCUACUUGUUUGUUCACCACGGUAUUUCAGCGCCACGCUCGGUUAGCUCAGCGCUAUUUUGGAUUUUGAUGUAAACUCUAGUUUCAAUAUAGAUAUUUCAUGUUUGCAAGAGGUAUGCAAGUAAAUAUUCACUUUUAAAGCAACAUCUCUUGCCCUGCUAGAAAAACCCAGCAUAUUAGCAGAAAAUUAUUAGAAAAUCAAUAAAACAUAAUUUGUCUAACUUGCAUUCCAACUGUUUGUCAGUUCAGCCACAAAAAUUACUUCAAAAAGCAAAUUUAACUGGUAUUUUUCCCCUCAAAUAAAUAUUUUGAAUGAAACUAUGCAAAUUUUUUAUCGACUUGAACACAAGCAAUGUUAUAAAAUGGAUAUUUCCAGGCCUUAAAUCUGAUUAGCUGAAGCAAUGUGAUUACAUAGCUGU